AUGCCAAAUCAGGCUCGGGGAAACUGGUCCAACCGACUGGAAUUUCUGUUCUCGUGUAUUGGAGUCACUGUUGGACUUGGGAACAUCUGGAGGUUUCCUUAUAUCUGUUACAAAAAUGGCGGAGGUGCCUUCUUCAUUCCCUAUUUCCUGUUUUUGUUUCUCAUUGGAACGCCGUGUGUUUUCUUACAGUUUUCCUAUGCGCAAUACUCGAAUCUCGGGCCGGGAAACAUUUGGGAAUGUUGUCCGUUGUUCAGAGGCGUCGGCUACGGAAUGAUGACCCUGACAUUUAUUGUUGGAAUGUAUUAUGACGUCAUCUUGUCUUGGACACUCUACUAUUUUGGAAAAUCCUUUUUCCCAACAAUCCCUUGGACAACAUGCGGCAACGAAUGGAACACCGCACACUGUUCCACUAGAACCCAGAUGGCUACUAACGGAAGCGGAAACAACUCCAUUUUAAUAAACAGCACAACGUAUGGUGUAUAUGCCAACCUUAAUAUCACACAGAAAACUCCACCUGAAGAAUUUUGGGAGAACAAUGUUCUGCAACUGACAGAAGGUAUCCAAAUACUAGGGACGAUUCGCUGGGAGUUAUUACUUGGGGUAUUGGCAACCUCUAUCGUCAUCUUUCUUUGUCUAAUCAAAGGAAUUCACUCUUCAGGAAAGGUGAUGUACGUGAUGACCACGAUUCCCUACGUGUUCCUCACAGCUUUGUUGGUCCGGGGACUUACACUCCCAGGGUCCUUACAGGGACUCAAGUACUACAUGGUGCCGAGAUGGGAGGAACUCCUCAAACUAUCA